AUGUCCAAAGCAGCAAAGAGAAGAGGACCAUCGGCGUCUGAGAAUGUCCAGCAUGGUGCGAAGAGGCGGAAAGUGUCGCAGUCGACCAAGAGCCAGGUGUACCACGGGCCGGCGAUACGCGGUGACUCGUUGAAAUGGAAAACAGUCCCGCUGCCGAAAAGACUGGAGGACGCCGAAGGGUUCUUUGGUCUCGAAGAGAUUGAGGAUGUCGACGUGGUCCGGGAUGAGACCACUCACCAUGUGAUGUUUCGUCCCAAAUCACUCGCAGCUGUGGAUGACCCCGCCGGCAAUCAACAGCUCGACCAAGAAUGGCAGGGUUUCGAUGAUGAAAGGGGAGAAAUUGAGGAGAAGGAAAGAGCAAAGCCAACCGCGCCAGCAGAUUCUCCAAAGAACAAUUUGCGAUCUUCCAAAAAGGACAAAGACCUCUACAAACCGAAGCCGAAGAGCAAGCCCAAACGAGAAGACGACGUUGUCCCCAGUGUCAAGUUUGAUGUUCUGCUAGACAGCCUGGGAGACCCCGGGACCGAUGUGUCAGCUUGGAAGGCUCUUGACUUAUCCCCAACAAGCCUUUCGCAGCUCUCCAGACUGGGCUUUGCUCGCCCUACACCCAUACAAGCCGCCAGUAUUCCUCCAAUCAUGCAAGGCCAUGAUGUGAUUGGUAAGGCUGUAACCGGUUCUGGGAAGACUUUGGCAUUUGGCAUUCCAAUUUUCGAAUAUUGGCUUUCGAGCGAGAAUGCGGCACCGAAGGCCUCGGCGAAAAGCAGGGAGUCCAUCCUGGCUCUCAUUCUUGCACCUACGAGAGAGCUCGCAUUGCAGCUCAACAGACACCUGAACGAACUGUGUAUAGGUCUAGACGACCAUCCCAGAAUUGUCGCUGUGACCGGAGGACUUUCCAUCUAUAAGCAGCAUCGACAGCUGGAAUACGCCGAUAUUGUGGUCGCGACCCCAGGGCGAUUGUGGGAAGUAAUGAAUGAUGCUUCUACCGCCAGCGGUGUUGAUGCAUUGGUGGAUCGUUUGAAGAAGAUCCGAUUCUUGGUGGUGGAUGAAGCCGACCGAUUGUUGAGCGAAGGUCACUUCAAAGAGGUUGAAGAUAUUCUUGAUAUCCUUGACCGGAAGACCAUGGACGAGGAAGAGGAUCAAGACACGCCGCAGGAGUUGCCGGAUUCGACAAGGCAGACUCUUGUGUUCUCUGCUACGUUUCACAAGGGACUGCACCAAAAACUCACAGGCAAGCUCAAGUCAGCGAGUCGAAUGAACAACAGCAAUCUCCUCACCAACCAGCAGUCGAUGGAGUAUCUCCUGCGAAAGCUCUCGUUCCGCGAACAGAAGCCAACCUUCGUUGACGUCAAUCCCAGUUCUCAGAUGGCUGCUGCACUCGCAGAGUCAAUCGUGGAAUGUCCUGCAAUGAAAAAGGAUCUGUUUCUUUAUACCUUGCUGAUGCAAAAUCCCAACAAAAAGACGCUGGUUUUCACAAACAGCAUUUCCGCUGUGAAGCGAGUUACGGCACUGCUUCAAACCUUGAAGCAACCUGCAGUCGGCUUACAUUCGACCAUGCCACAGAAGUCACGACUACGAUCUCUGGAAAGAUUUGCCGGCCAAAGCAACGUCCUGGUAGCCACAGAUGUUGCGGCUCGAGGACUUGACAUCAAGGGAAUUGAAAUCAUUAUCCAUUACCAUGUACCCCAUACUGCGGACAUGUAUGUCCACCGAUCCGGAAGGACUGCUCGUGCAGAGAUGUCAGGGCAAUCGAUCCUGCUCUGCUCACCCGACGAGGUGGCUGGCGUGAGAAGACUGAUUGCUGAAGUGCACAAAAGUGGCGAGGCGCCGGAAACAAUUCAAUUAGAAGGCCGACUCAUGCAAAGCCUGGAGCCACACGUAUCACUCGCUCAGAAGAUCACCGAGGCAACUCAGGCCAAGGUGAAAACAGCAAGCAAAGAAGAUUGGCUGCGAACUGCUGCGGAGGAGUUGGGAGUGGACUAUGAUAGCGAAGAAUUCGAGCAUCAGGGCCAGAGAGGCAAAAGGGGUAGAGGCGGUGCAAGAACCAAGAAGGAAAAGGACCACGCUGCAAUUAGCAGAGAGCAGCUCUCUCGGUGGCGAGCUGAGUUGGACGCAUUGUUGAAGAAGAGGAUCAACCUGGGCAUCAGCGAGAGAUAUCUCGCUGGCGGUCGAGUUGAUGUUGAGGCAUUGCUCCAAGGACAGAUGGAUGGAGCGUUUCUGGAAGGCCGCUAA